ACCGAUCAUCCAUCUUCAAAGCCGCCCUGUGCUUUAGGGUUUAGUCUUCAAUGUUGAAUAACUCAUUCACUAUCAAUGAUAGAGAGCCUUCCCGAUGCCAUUCCCCAGCACAAACGGACAGGAGCUGCUUAGUAGAAAUUGAAGUCCCCGUAUGGUUAACUCCAUUUUAGUUUAUGAAUGAACGAUAGGGGGAAGGUGAGCGGCUGGUUCUCCUCCAUGGUGAAUCGCGAGGGCAGCAGGGUUGAGCGCAAAAAGGUCUUCAAAGAUAAAAAGAUAUAAAUCUCCCUCUCCCCCUCCCUCCCCUCUCCCUCUCAGUGAGAGGACAUCGCUGCUGCGCGUCUCCUCUAUGAUUCAGACUUCGUCGACCCAACGAAAUGUCUGCCUCAAAGACGGAGCUAAGAGAGCGAUGGCGCAACAUUAUCUUUGGAGGAACGUUUAUUUAGGGAAAGGCCGGCGGUGAGCUUCUGUGACCCAAAGCCGACACAGGGUCUUCCAUGUGUCGGGAACAACAUGCCGUGGGAGGUGAAAUAUGGCGUAUUGAGCCGUUAUUAAAACUUUAAACAUUAGCCGUUGGUUGCCGCGCAAAUUUAGGGACACCCACCUAUGUUUCCUCCUUGCCUUGAGUCGAUUCAACCACCAACUUUUCGAACUCUUCCGUCCCCUCAAAACCUAUCUGCCACUCUCUUCUUCCCUUCUUAGUUUUUUCCUUCCAAAUCCACUCUGUAGACACUCUUUUCUUUCCCUUCAUUCAUGUUUCUUAUACAUGUCUCACAUUUCCCCCCGUUUUCCACGCCAAGACUUCUGCAACAUUCACCCCCUUCUUCUCCAUGGGGAGUUGUUUCUCCCAUGGAAAGCAGGCCCAGAAUCCUCCGGCAUCCGCCCAAGAUGCUGACGCCGAUGGCUGCAAGGCUGUCGACAACGUCGAUGAUGCCGUUUCACCCCCAGAAACUUCUGCUCCUGCAAAUUCACCCCCAAAUGCAGCGCCAUCUCCUCCAAAUCCGGGACCUAUAGGCCCCGUUCUCGGUCGGCCCAUGGAAGAUGUCCGUGACACCUACACGAUCGGGAAGGAGCUGGGACGAGGCCAAUUUGGUGUGACCCAUUUGUGCACCCACAAGGUUACAGGCCAGAAAUUUGCCUGCAAGGUGAUCGCUAAGCGGAGGCUCGUCAAUAAGGAAGACAUCGAGGAUGUCCGCCGGGAAGUUCAGAUCAUGCAUCACCUCAGCGGGCAGCCCAAUGUUGUUGAAUUGAAGGGCGCCUAUGAAGAUAAGCAUUCCGUUAACUUGGUGAUGGAACUUUGCGCCGGCGGCGAGCUCUUCGAUCGGAUAAUUGCACGAGGGCACUACACGGAGAGAGCGGCAGCGGCCCUCCUCCGGACCAUUGUGCAGAUUGUUCAUACUUGCCACUCCAUGGGGGUCAUGCAUCGAGAUCUAAAGCCUGAGAACUUCUUGUUGUUGAGCAAGGAUGAACGUGCACCUCUCAAGGCUACCGACUUUGGUCUCUCUGUUUUCUUCAAGCAAGGAGAUAUUUUCAAGGACAUUGUAGGAACUGCAUACUACAUAGCACCGGAGGUCUUAAGACGGCGAUACGGUCCCGAAGCCGAUAUUUGGAGCAUCGGAGUAAUGUUAUUCAUCCUUCUAAGCGGGUCCCCUCCAUUUCACGCAGAAACAGAACAUGGGAUUUUCAAUGCGAUUCUGAAAGGGCAUAUCGACUUCACAAGCAAGCCAUGGCCAUCAAUAUCACCUGGUGCGAAGGACUUAGUCAGCAAGAUGCUAAAUGUUGAUCCAAGACAGAGAGUUACAGCAUUCCAGGUCCUUAAUCACCCAUGGAUAAAAGAGGACGGUAAUGCGCCAAAUACGCCAUUGGACAAUGUAGUACUCAAUAGACUCAAGCAAUUCAUGGCAAUGAACAAGUUCAAAAGAGUUGCUCUCAAGGUGAUAGCUGGGUGCUUAUCGGAAGAGGAAAUCAUGGGGUUGAAGGAGAUGUUCAAGAACAUGGAUUCUGAUAACAGUGGCACCAUCACUUUAGAAGAAUUGAGGCGGGGUCUAGCCAAACAAGGUGCAAGGCUUUCAGAGAUUGAAGUCCAACAACUGAUAGAAGCGGCAGAUGCUGAUGGCAACGGAACCAUUGAUUAUGAAGAGUUUAUCACAGCCACGAUGCACAUGAACAGAAUGGACAGGGAAGAGCAUCUAUAUACAGCAUUCCAAUACUUUGACAAAGAUAACAGCGGAUACAUCACCAAAGAAGAGUUGGAGCAAGCUCUAAAAGAGUACGACAUGCAUGAUGGGAGGGACAUCAAGGACAUCAUAGCAGAAGUUGAUAAUGAUAAUGAUGGAAGGAUCAAUUAUGACGAAUUUGUGGCUAUGAUGAGGAAAGGAAACCCAGAAACAGCCCCUAAGAAGCGCCGCCACGACUUCCGAUAAGUGCCAUGAAGAUCAAGAUCAGAGAUUUCUUCGAGAUUCCUGGAGUUUCUUUGUCAGGGCAUCAUCAUGGCAGACUGGUCAAAGGCAAUGGGUAUGCUCAGAAUGGAUAAGAAAUGAGCGCACAAGUCCAAUCAUCAGGGCUUGCUCUGCCUUCCAGAUGAUCAAUCGAACACCAAGUUUCGUGGCAGAUGAAAUUGUGUGGAACGGGUGAUUCUACAGAGGACGAUGACGGGGAAAGAGGAAAGGAUGUAAACGGGCAAUUUGGUAACAGUGCGGGAGUCUCAGAUGUAGUUUCAUGUAUAUAUAAUCUCUUUUCUUCA